UUGUCUACUGCUUUGUAGCCUUUAUUCAAGAUGGAAGCCCCCAUGGACGGAAUAGACCGACCAUAUGACAUUUGCGAGACUCCUGUACUGGAGCCCCUGCGUCUCCCUGAGCUGCCCACACUUUCUCCAGAGAGCUCAUCCUAUCAGGAAUUAUCCAAGAGCCCAGUGCCCUGUGUGCUGUGUGAAUAUAAGGCAACAUCUGACCUGGAGAGGGAUGAUUACCUCACACACCUGCUAGAAUCACACAGACUGGUUAUUGCGGAUAUAAACCUGAUUGCAAACUUUAAAAGUUACUGCCUGUACUGGAAAGAGCGUUUUAAGCAGCAGCCAUUCAAGGAUAUCUGUUCGAACAUCAAAACAACAGAACUAAAACAGGGUGAUGACGGCUACUACCUUUUAAGUGAUGUUCAUCCAGAGGAUAAAGAGUUGAGAGAUUUCUUGCAGAAAAGGAAAUUGGAGUUUGUGUUGAUCAGUCAGCAGAGGGAGAGGGAGGACACGUCAUUCUGCCGAGACUGUCUCUUCUGUAGGGAACACUUCACUGGCAACAGGUCAGCCAUGUUAAACCACAUGGCUAAGGACCAUGCCUUCAGUAUUGGCCAGCCUGACAAUCUAGUUUUCACAGAUGAAUUCUUAGAUGUUCUUCAAGAAAAGCUAAACAGUUUACAGUGCCUAUAUUGCGAGAAGACAUUUAGAGACAAGGAUGUUCUUAAAGAACACAUGAGGAAGAAACAGCAUCGGAAAAUAAAUCCGAAAAACACUAUCUACGACAAGUUCUAUGUGAUAAAUUACCUGGAACUUGGUAAAAACUGGGAAAAAAUACACCAAGAAAGGGACAUAAUUGAGAUAGAUACUGAGGACACAGAGUCGGAAGAUGAGUGGGCAGGUUGGGAGGAGGAGUCCGGGGGCCAGGCGGUGUGUUUGUUCUGCUCAUUCUCGUCCAGUAAUGCUGACAAGCUGCAGUUGCAUAUGCAGGAGCUCCACGACUUUGACCUGCAGGACAUGAAGCUGAGCCUGCGCCUAACCUACUACCAGCAGGUGAAGCUGGUUAACUUUAUACGCAGACAGGUACAUCUCGGUGUCUGUAUUGGUAAUAUUCAUCUGUUCAGCCCUCUGUUGCAGGUACAUCUCGGUGUCUGUAUUGGUAAUAUUCAUCUGUUCAGCCCUCUGUUGCAGGUACAUCUCGGUGUCUGUAUUGGUAAUAUUCAUCUGUUCAGCCCUCUGUUGCAGGUACAUCUCGGUGUCUGUAUUGGUUGUGGUGGGAAGUUUGACUCACGCCCAGCGCUGCUGGAUCACAUGCAUGAGGCUGAACAUUCUAGUCUCAUACCAGAAACUUCCAUCUGGGACCAGCCACAGUACUUCUUCCCCACAUAUGAGAAUGACAACCUCCUUUGCCAGCUGGACGCGGAUGAAGAUGACGUCACAGGUCACCAUGAUUACGAGCACGUGAUUGCCGAGGACACACCCACCUUGGAUACCAUACUGAGGGAGGAAAGUUUACAACGUGAAAUUCUUCAGUCUUGAUAGUGAGACAUUGUAUUGUGUACAAUAUUAAUUAAACUUGUUUCCUAAAGAGCACUGUCAAGCGUUUUUUUUUUAUUUCCUUGCUUGCAAUUUUAAAAAGGAUAAGAGCAACAUGAUGUUUUUUAGAGCGUCUGUUGAGUUAUAACAUUAUACUUUUUUACAGAACUUCUGAAGCUUAGAUGAUCCAAAAGGUUACGUCAGACUUCAAAUUAGCAAUGUACACAUAUUUAUUCUUAUGUUAUUAAAAUUUAUUUAAAAACAAUAAUGCUUAUAUUUAAUGCUCACAUAUGUCAAUUUGUGUAAAUGUUGAUGAAAUAAAAUGGUUUCACACUUAAACUUCAUGACUGGGGAUCGACAAUUGGUGGAAAUUCAAUGACAACCACCCAAAAAUUGAGCCAGCCACAGCUGUAGAAUGCGCCUUAGGAAGAAUGUUUUACUUAAAAGCUGUGAAAUGCGUAUAUUUAUUGAAUUAAUAAAAAUAUUUCUAAAU